UAGUUGCUCGGUUUCCACAAGCAGUCUGCAGCAGCCCCCAUUGCGCUUAGUAAACAGCCUACUUACUCCUACCUAGUUUUUGGGAUUGAAACUGAGAAAGCUGACAAAAUGAAGUUGGUGCACAUUGUGAAGAUGAAAGGAUUGUUUCGGAAACUCAGGCUUUCUUUGAAAAGACAGGAAGAAAUCAGCUCAAGAGAGAACAUGUCUGGAAACAGCCUGGUGUUACCCAUAGUGCUGUGGGGCCGCACUGCCCCCACACACUGCAUCUCCAGCCUCCUGGUGAUGGAUGACCUGGCCACCAUCAUCACUGGCUGCCAUGAUGGCCAAAUUUGCCUGUGGGACAUGACUGCUGACCUGGAGAUCAGUCCCCGGGGGCUGCUGUUCGGCCACACCUCCUCCAUCACGUGUCUGUCCAAGGCCAGCUCCAGCAGUGACAAGCAGUACAUUGUCAGUGCCUCAGAGAGCGGGGAGAUGUGCUUGUGGGAUGUGAGUGACGGGCGGUGUAUUGAGUUCACUAAGCUGGCCUGCGCUCACACAGGGAUUCAGUUUUACCAGUUCACCAUAGGGACCCAGCGCGAGGGACGGCUCCUCUGCAACGGCCACUACCCAGAAAUCCUUGUGGUGGACGCCACCAGCCUGGAGGUUCUGUACUCGCUGGUGUCCAAGAUCUCCCCCGACUGGAUUAGCUCCAUGAGCAUUAUUCGGUCUCAUCGCACCCAAGAGGACACCGUAGUGGCAGUGUCAGUCACUGGGAUAUUGAAAGUAUGGAUCAUCACAGCCGAUGUCAGUAGAAUGCAGGAUACGGAGCCUGUCUUUGAGGAGGAGUCUAAGCCCAUCUACUGCCAGGGUUGCCAGAGCAUCUCCUUCUGCACCUUCACUCAGCUGUCUCUGCUGGUUGUGUGCUCCAAGUACUGGAGGGUGUUCGACGCGGGCGAUUACUCCCUGCUGUGCUCCGUGCCCAGUGAGAACGACCAGGCCUGGACUGGCGGGGACUUCAUCGCCGCUGACAAAGUCAUCAUCUGGACCGAAGAUGGCUGCAGCUACAUCUACAAGCUCCCCGCCAGCUGCCUCCCGGCCAGCGAGCACUUCAGGAGCGAUGUGGGGAAGACCGCCGAGAGCUCGGUUCCCCCGCUGGUGUACAGCAUCGCCGACCGCGCGGACAAACAGGUAGAGGAGGGCGGUGAGGGUGCGGACACGGUGUGCGUGUGGCCGGAGCGCUACCCUGACCACGAGAACGCUCCAGCACCACAGCUGCUAUUCCGCCACCGGCCUCUAGAGGCACCACUGCUAAUCUGUCCCCCGGUCACCCGGUUCUUCUACGGUCGACGGGAGCCCUUCCACAAGCUUCUGGUGCAGGGUGACUCAGGGGGGCGUCUGUCCCUGUGGAGCAUCCCAGACACCUCACCCUUACAGCCGCUGUCCUCCACCGCAGAGCUCCAGGUGUCCUCCAGCAUCAGCCUGCAGGAGGCCUUCGACAAGCUGCAGCCCCAGCCGGCGGGCAUCAUCGACCAGCUGAGCGUGCUGCCGGGCUCGGAGCUGCCCAUCAAGGUGACGGCCAGCGUCUACAUCCCCUCGCAGGGCCGGCUGGUGUGCGGCCGCGAGGACGGCAGCAUCGUGCUGGUGCCCGCCACCCAGACCGCCAUCGUGCAGCUCCUGCAGGGGGAGCACAUGCUGCGGAGAGGCUGGCCUCCGCACCGCACACUGAGGGGGCAUCGUAACAAGGUGACCUGCCUGCUGUACCCCCACCAGGUGUCCCCGCGCUACGACCAGCGCUCCCUGGUGUCCGGAGGCGUGGACUUCUCCGUCAUCGUGUGGGACAUCUUCACCGGCGAGAUGAAGCACAUCUUCUGCGUCCACGGCGGGGAGAUCACCCAGCUGCUGGUGCCCCCGGAGAACUGCAGCACGCGGGUGCAGCACUGCGUGUGCUCGGUGGCGAGCGACCACUCGGUGGGGCUGCUGAGUCUGCGGGAGAGGAAGUGCAUCAUGCUGGCGUCGCGCCACCUCUUCCCCAUCCAGGUCAUCAAAUGGCGCCCCUGCGACGACUACCUGGUGGUGGGCUGCUCCGACGGCUCAGUCUAUGUGUGGCAGAUGGACACAGGGGCCCUGGACCGCUGUGUGAUGGGCAUCACGGCGGUGGAGAUCCUGAACGCCUGCGACGAGGCGGUCCCCGCCGCCGUGGACUCGCUCAGCCACCCGGCGGUGAACCUCAAGCAGGCCAUGACCCGCCGCAGCCUGGCCGCGCUCAAGAACAUGGCGCAACACAAGCUGCAGACGCUGGCCACCAACCUGCUGGCGUCCGACAACGCCGACAAGGGGAACCUGCCCAAAUACUCCCACAAUUCCCUGGUGGUGCAGGCGAUGAAGACCAACCUGACGGACCCGGACAUGCACGUGCUCUUCUUCGACGUAGAGGCGGUGAUCAUCCAGCUGCUGACGGAGGAGGCGCAGAGGCCCAACCCCACGCUGGUGUCCCCCGAAACCCUUCAGAAGUCCCAGGGCAGCGCCGACAAGGGCGGCUCCUUCCUGGCCGGCAAGCUCUUCAAGCAGGUGAAGGAGACCAUCAAGGAGAACAUCAAGGAGCACCUGCUGGAUGACGAUGAGGAGGAGGAGGAGGAGCAGCGGAGGCGCGAGGAGAAGUCCAAGUCUCUGAGCCUGCUGGAGUACAACCUGACCAUGGACACGGCCAAGCUCUUCAUGUCCUGCCUGCACGCGUGGGGCCUGAACGCACCGCUGGACGAGGUGUGCCUGACCCGGCUGGGCAUGCUCAAACCGCACUGCCCCAUCUCCUUCGGCCUGCUGUCCCGGGGCGGCCACAUGUCCCUCAUGCUGCCCACCUUCAAGGAGUCCAUGUUCCGCUUGAUGGCCGCCGGCGGGCGCAAGAUGUCCGCCUCCGAGAUCGUGGGCAAGGGCACCUACGGCGUGUCGCGCGCCGUCACCACCCAGCACCUGCUGUCCGUCAUCUCCCUGGCCAACACCCUCAUGGGCAUGACCAACGCCACCUUCGUGGGAGAGCACAUGAAGAAGGCCCCCGCCAGGCCUCCGAGACCAGGCACCCCCGAGAUUGCCAAAAAGAUCCCCCCACAGGUUUCCAACCCAGCCAUGCAAGGACAGAUCAAACAAGCUGCUGCUGCUGCUACCACUUCCACUACUGCCACACCUGGCUCUGGGGCCAUUUACUCAGGCCCUGCUUUCCAUACCUGUCCCUCAGUCAACGAAGGUUGGAGCCAGCUGGCGGCCAUGCACUGCGUCAUGCUCCCAGACCUGCUGGGCCUGGACAAGUUCCGCCCGCCCCUGCUGGAGAUGCUGGCCCGGAGGUGGCAGGACCGCUGCCUGGAGGUGAGAGAGGCGGCUCAGGCCCUGCUGCUGGCCGAGCUGCGCAGGAUCGGGCAGUCGGGCAGGAAGGACACCAUCGACCUGUGGGCCCCUUACCUGCCGCAGUACGUGGACAGCGUCAGCUCCCCCGGAGCAUCCGCCGAGGUGGCGCAGCCUGCCCCUCCCCCGCCUGAACCCCAGCCUGUGGAGCCCAAGGCCCCGGAAGAGGAGAUGGACGUCACCGAUGAUGACAUCACUGCGGGAUGUCUGUCCAACCUGCCGCCCAACGCCAAGAAGAUCUCCAACUCCUACGAGGAGCGGCGCAAGCAGGCCACCGCCAUCGUGCUGCUGGGGGUCAUCGGCGCUGAGUUCGGGGCUGAGAUCGAGCCCCCGAAGCUGCCGUCCCGCGCCCGCGCCUCCGCCCAGGCCCCCGACGGCUUCGGGCUCACCACCGGGGGGUCCAACUACUCCCUGGCCAGACACACCUGCAAGGCGCUGACCUUCCUGCUCCUGCAGCCCCCCAGCCCCAAGCUGCCCCCCCACAGCACCAUCCGCCGCACCGCCAUCGACCUGAUUGGGCGGGGCUUCACCGUGUGGGAGCCGUACAUGGACGUGUCGGCCGUGCUGAUGGGCCUGCUGGAGCUGUGCGCCGACGCCGAGAAGCAGCUGUCAAACAUCACAAUGGGGCUGCCCCUCAACCCCGCCGCGGACUCGGCACGCUCUGCCCGGCACGCUCUCUCGCUCAUCGCCACGGCCAGACCACCGGCUUUCAUAACGACCAUCGCCAGGGAGGUGCACAGACACACAGCCCUGCAGGCUAACACACAGUCCCAGCAGAACGUGCACACCACCACGCUGGCCCGAGCCAAGGCCGAGAUCCUGCGCGUCAUCGAGAUCCUCAUCGAGAAGAUGCCCGGCGACGUGGUGGACCUGCUGGUGGAGGUGAUGGACAUCAUCAUGUACUGCAUGGAGGGAUCUCUGGUGAAGAAGAAAGGCCUGCAGGAAUGCUUCCCUGCCAUCUGCAGGUUCUACAUGGUGAGCUACUGUGACCGCAGUCAUAGGAUUGCUGUGGGGGCGCGCCAGGGAUCGGUUGCUCUCUACGAUGUCCGUACUGGGAAGUGCCAGAACAUCCACGGACACAAGGGUCCGAUAACCGCGGUGUCCUUCGCUCCUGACGGGCGGUACCUGGCCACCUACUCCAACGCAGACAGCCACAUCUCCUUCUGGCAGAUGAACACCUCGUUGCUAGGCAGCAUCGGCAUGCUGAACUCCGCCCCCCAGCUGCGCUGCAUGAAGACCUACCAGGUGCCCCCGGUGCAGCCAGCCUCGCCCGGCUCCCAGAACGCCCUCAAACUGGCCCGCCUCAUCUGGACCUCCAACCGCAACGUCAUCCUCAUGGCCCACGACGGCAAGGAGCACCGCUUCAUGGUCUGAGGGACCCCCCCCCCUCACUCCGCCGUUACCGCCCAUUCCACUAGCAACCCGAGGCUGUGCAGCGUUUACACUGUUUUUCUGUUUACAUUCUGUUCUCUCCCUUGUACUGAUUUUAAUUUAAGUUUUGCUCUUAUUUAAAGACUUCGUGCUUUCAUGCAAAUAUCUGGGUGACUUGUAUUGAUUUCACUUUGCACCCAGAAAUACCGUGUGUGUGUAUAUUUGAAGUCAUUUGUCGGUGUGUUACUUGUAGGAUAUGUUUCUAUUCAUCCUUCAGUAAAAAAGGUUUAUAGGACAGGUCCAGUUACAGGAUUGUAUAGGAAUAGUUGCAUUUAGGGUGGCCUGGGUAUUCUGGGUGUGUCACCCCAAAACAUUUUUCCACCCCUGAGGAGAAUGCAAAGAAAAGAUUUUAUAUCUAUACAUAAUCACCCAGUGGUCCUAUUAAAAAAUCAUAUCAUAUCGUAAGGGAUAUUAUCAAGAAUGCUUUAUGUUGUAGCUCGUACUUAUUCUGUGCUAUGUUUGUCUGUUUGUUUUUCAUUGGCUAUGGAAUAGAAUGAAGUAAUAGAAGAAGAGGUACUGUAAAUGUGUUCAUCACCCCCACACCCCCCCCCUCACCCCCCAUAGCCCUAGAGAAGCCAAAACUCACCUAAACGAAGGCUGUAGACUUUACUCAACAGAGAUCUUUCACGUGUCUGUCCAUUGUAGACGGUAGCGCAGAAAGUAAACACAGAGCUGUAUUUUAAUGUAUGAUCUUCAGAGAGGCUGGUGAAGCUGAACCUGAAGCUGGGGUGUCCUGAGACUGAAGCUCAGCGGCUCGGGCAGCUGACAGACGCUCUUUGAGCUGUCACCAGCGCCCGUCUCGCCGCCCCCCCCCCCCCCUUCGCCCAGCCCCUGUCAUCAGCACAGACAGAGUAUAAAAACAUCCAACACUGGAGCACGCCUGCACACUGAAGCAUAUCAAGGCUUUUCACAGCUCUGCUGGAUAAAAAAGAAAAAAAACACAUUUUGCGAAUCUUGUCAAGCAGCAUUCAAUGCCUUCGCUUCCUUGUCAAGGAGCCUCGAAAAUAUCUCUAUCUUUUUACACCGUUCACUGUUCCAGGUUCAGAGAAAAAGGAAAGGUUAUGGGUAGAGUAUAGCAGAGAGAGUGAGAAAGAGAGAAUGAGAGGCUAUCGGCAGCAUCUACCAUUCCCCUAUUGUGAUUUUGUAAGUAUUUUAAACAAAAGUAUUAAUGGAAUAUAUAUUUAAAGACAGUCUGCUAUCGUUUAAAAUCAGUGGGUCGGGACGAGUAGCAUGUUCACUGAGGUUUUCCGCGACUGAAACACUUUCAUGUGAGGGUCCGGCUCUGGCCAGUGGCUUCCCUCCCUAUGCAGAGAGGGUUUCCUGCUGGAGGAAGGCUGAUCUUAGCAGGGGCAGAGCUCAGUCUCUCUGGCAGAUGCUGGUAACGCACUGGGAGCAGGCCAGACUGACUCGAGCGCUGCGCGUUCUCCUUGUGGCGGAGAGAAUCAUUAAGAUUCCCAUUAGCUUUACUGGCUGGCUCUUUAUUUAAUUUGCCCGGUCUCUGGGAGUGGCUGGGGGGCUGGGCCCGCUGGAGCUCGGGGCCUGCCAGUGUUUCCGCUCACAGAGCUGCGGACAUCGCUGCUGUUUCGGGGGGGGGGCGGGGGGGACAGGCCUGUUUCCACACGGACAGCCAUUCACUUGAGUGGAUUGUUUUCUGAAUUGGCCCGAGGAGAAAAGCAGGAAGAGCGGCGGACGGGUUGAGGGUGGGGAGAAGUGUCGCUGCUCGCAGUGCGCAGACUGCUCUCAACAGCUCCUCACGGGCUCUGGAGAAAGAGAAACGGCUGUAACUGAAUCCUCUGGGCAAAAAAAAAAAUCUCAUAUUCAUCUCAAGUCCCAUGGUGCACCACUCUCCUGUGAUCUGAAAUUCACUCAGUCCAAUCUAGAAACUGUGUCUGUUAUUUCUAUAGGAUAUCUGAAUAUCAGUAAGCAUAAUUAUAACAAUAGAUGAAUAAAUAUUAGAUAAUGAGUAACCGUACAGUUUACCUGCUAUAUUUGUUUAGUUUUUUUCUGUGGAAAUAAGGAAAUCCAGCACAGUGACAGCAUCGUGGGUCUAAAGAGGUACACCAGUGGAUUGUUUAAUAUGUUGUAUAAUGUGUAUGCAAUGUCACUUUGAUGACUGAGACUAAUCCCAAAGGGCAUUUCACCAAGAGCCGAAACCCCUCCCACAACAGCUGAUGACAUCAUUGGAACUUGAGGUACUGCUCUAAGUCUGUGGGAAGAGACGGGAAGGUAUUGGCAAAAUGAUUUUUUUUUUUUGCCACGUUAGUCUCUGAUCACUUAAAGACAACAGACAGCUUGUAAAUAUUCUUUGCCAGAGCGUAUAGACGUGCUUCGUCAAUUGUUAAGAUUUUUUGCUUUGAAUUUUUUUUUCUGCCAAUAGCUCCUACUGAACACUUCAGGGCCAUCCAUAGUUCCAGUGUAGCUCCAUCAGGACGAUUAGCCUAUGAGCUCACGGCUCUCUUAAAAGCUUUGUUCUCAAUCAUCAAGGUGAAUUCUGAUGUUUACAAUAUAUGAAAUGAUACUUUUUUUGACUGUAGUGUUCCAUUAAGGAUUUAUUUCUCAGUUCUAACCUCUUCCUACAUUACUGUGAAUAAAUCCUGUGUCAGCGCUUGCCAUUGUGCUGCAUUAUGUUCUAUAUUUCCAGCCCCCCCCCCCCCACCCCCCACUGCCGUUGGCCAGUGCUUCCUGUUCUCCUGCCCCUCCCCCAACUGCUCAUGGCCCCUCCUCUAACUGUUUUCUAAUGACCCCUUCUCUAACUGUCAUUCAGGGUCCACCUCAAGGCCAUAUUUACCGCUGAGGUCUGACGCAUUCUAAACAUUUAGGAGUCAGCCCUGCUCUAGCCCGGUUACAUGUGGACUGAGGGAAUGGUGGAGUCCUGACUGGAUCUAUACCAGAAUGCAAUUAUACUGGCUACUUUCAUUCUUACUCUGUGGUUCAGACAUCUCUUUCCCUCCGCCUUCCCACCUACCUUACAUCACUGCCUUCUGCUGCCGUUACCCUGAUAAUCACAAGACAGAAGGAAUUGUGGGAUACAUGCUGGGCAGAGCUUAGCCUCGCAUUUAAGACUGUGGAAAAGAUCUUACAUUUUGGGGGAAAAAAAAUCUUAAUGAAAAUUUGUUUGCCCCCAUAGCAAGCUUUUAUUGGAUCCAUCUUGACCAAUUCUUGGCUUGCGUUCAGUGUAACUGAAUGGCAUGUUUCAGAAAUUACAAAUAGGCUUUUUUUAACACGUGUGGUGCAAAAUAUACUUGGAUCUUAAACCUAAUUUAAAAUUAAAUUAACAAAAUUGUUUUGCAUUACUUUUACAAAUGCUAACAGCAUAAAUAUUUCUGAGGUUGAACAUUUAAAUCAUCUCCCUGAAGUGCAUUGUUAUUUGAUUACUCUCAUUUCCAUUCUGAACCUGCGUUUCUCACUGCCGGGUUUUAAUCGCUGGAGAUCUUUGUGCGCUCUCAUUUCUGGGCCCAGUUCCGCACAUUCCUGUGGCUCGUCUUGCUUUGCAUGAACGGAUGGAUGGAUGAAUGUCGUCACCCCGUGAUGGAGAAACCCGAACGUUCUGAUUCCCCCGGCGCCGCCACGUCCUCAGCCCCUCUUUUUCUCUUAUCUUUCUCUUUUUCGCUCCCUCGUUCGCUCCGUGCUGCAGUACAGCUCGCAUCAGUGCGACGACUUGAGCUUUUAGUGUUUUAUUGAUUCGUCACCGCUGUAUUUGAAACUGCCCUUCUUGUAAAUGUAGAUACAUAAAAUGACUUCAUUGUCAAUUUAUUUGUAGAAGACUCGACAUUAUCUAGUAACGCUAGUGAGAUGAUCUGCUAUUGUCGCCGUGGAAGGUACUCUGUGUUAUACUUGAAAGCCGUGCGUGACUGUGUAUUUCCGUGCAACCACUUACUUAAUAUAUUGAACUUGUACUGUAAAGGCUGUGUUUCAAAAAUCUAUUGUGUGUAUGACUCUACGUUCAAUAAACAUGAGAUGUCCAAUAAGA